UAAAACAUUUGUUAAACAUGCAGAUUUAAACGGUGUACUUGAAAUUCGUAAAUAGUUUAUUCGUUAGCAAACUAAUUCAAGCAAGACAAAUAUGCCGGUUGAAUUCUACUACUUGGCUAUGAGCCCUCCAUGUCGCGGAGUUUGGAUGGUAUUGGAAGCACUUGGUGUUGAGUAUACUGACAAAUUCAUCAAUAUAUUGAACCAGGAAAAUAAAACUCCGGAAUUUGCCAAAAUCAACUGGAGACAAAAAAUACCGGCAAUCCGUGAUGGGGAUUUUGUAUUAGGCGAAAGUCGUGCAAUCGCGACAUAUCUCUGUGAAGAGUAUGCUGCAAGAAACAACAAAACAUCCAUUUAUCCGAAUGACGCAAAGCUCAGAGCAAGAAUCAACCAAAUGCUUUAUGUGGAUGAAAAUUGGAGUGAACAACUCAUGUCUUAUAUCAAUAUAGGCGGAGUUGUAAUGCGAGGAGAAAAGCCAAAAACAGAAAACGUUGACAAAGUGAAAGAGGUUCUGGGAGCUGUUGAGAAAGUACUGAAUGAGCGAAAAUACAUUGCUGCUGACCAACUCACCAUUGCAGAUUUUUUCGUGUACGUGACUGUGGGAUUGCUUCAAAUGACGGAAUACAAAGAGUAUGAUGCGUAUCCUAAACUUGUAGCAUGGCAGAAAACAAUGUCAGAACUUCCAUAUCACAAGAAAACCUGCGAGGAACCUCUGGGGCAACUGGGAGCAUUCUACAAAUCAAAGCUUCAGUGAUAGACUCAUGAAACUUGUCAGCAUAUUCUGAAUUCUCAUAAUAAAACUUUAUAAUACAUAUCAAACAAUUUUGAACUUAAUAAAACUCUUUUGAUUUCA